UCUCACUCCUAAAGCAAUGGAUGUUGAAUCCAUUAUAAAAGAAUACCAUUCCAAAAUGGCGGUCCCCGAUAUAUAUGGGUCUAUGGAUCUGGUUACGCCAUGGUUCAACAGAAUAAGCUGUUUUGAAGAAGGACAUCUGUUACCACGUUGCACUGUGGCCAUUGUAGGGAUUAUCGGUGUGAUGUCGUGCGCAAUGGAGUAUCUGUUGAUCGAUACGACGUUAUUCCUCAACAGCGACGUCGUGCAGUCCGCGAAGGCAAUGCUAUUUGCCAUAUUCACAGUGGCCAGUAUCUCGCUACUUUUAUCUACAUUCUUAGAGAAUAAAUAUUUUGUGCAAUUUUAUUUAUGGUAUACACCGAGCUUCGUAAUUUUGGGAUUGCUCGUGUCGAUCGUCGAGUUCGUGUCCAAGUCUGCGGGGCAAGUUGGGGCGAGAGGCACUAGCAUAUUCACGGUCGAAGUCGCCUUUCUCUUUACUAUAUUCCGAUGUCUGCCACUAGUGAACAAGUACCUAAGAGACAUUUCAUGA